UUGGACUCAGUACUAGUUGGACUUCUACCACAAGUAACAGGUUCAGUGCUUGAGAGUCUGAUAGCCCAACGGAAUGAAUACUGGGAGAACUGCAACAGAACUCUUACAACAAGCGCACCCUCAGAAGCUGGAACCUACUGUAAAGGAACGUUUGACACUUUUGUGUGUUGGCCCCACUCUUCUCCGGGGAACGUGUCAGUCCCCUGUCCUUCUUACUUACCAUGGAUCAGCGAGGACACCUCAAGGAGCGCACACAGAGAAUGUUUGGAAAAUGGGAGAUGGCGACGGAGGGAGAAUUCCUCCGAGCCCUGGAGGGAUGAGUCAAAUUGUAAGGAGGACACAUACUUCAAAGACAAGGAGGAAGAAAUGCUUCGGCACACAGCCCUCAGGCUCAUCUCUGUGAUUGGCUACUCCCUGUCCCUGUCCUCUCUCACCCUGGCGACUCUCCUGAUGGGCGUGCUGAGGAAGCUCCACUGUACCAGGAACUACAUUCACAUGAAUCUGUUUGUGUCAUUCAUCCUGAGAGCCAUGGCUGUCAUCUCUAAGGAAAUCACAUUAUACAUCAUGUAUUCCAAGCUACCCAAGGACGACCCCGGGUGGAACUCCUACUCAAGCUCUGCGAUAGCAUUGAUGUGUAAGUUCUCCAAAGUGUGCAUGGAAUACUUUGUGGCCUGUAACUACUUCUGGCUGCUGGUGGAGGCCAUUUUCCUCCACACACUCCUCUUUACAGCUGUACUGACCAAGAGACGUCUCUUGAAGAAUUACAUGCUGCUAGGAUGGGGAACACCUAUUUUGUUCGUAACACCAUGGACCGUUGUCAAGAUUAUUUAUGAAAACACAGAAUGCUGGUCAAUUGUGAACAGAUGGUUCUGGUGGAUAAUAAAGGGACCAAUUACAUUAUCAGUACUGGUAAUUUUUUUCAUAUUCAUCAAGAUUCUGAUGCUGUUGCUGUCCAAGCUGAAAGCAGAUCUGGUGAAAUUUACAGACUACAGAUACAGCUUGGCCAGAGCAACACUGGUACUUAUUCCUCUGCUGGGGAUCCAUGAGGUGGUCUUCACUUUGCUGAUAGACGAAUGUGUUGAGGGCAGAAGUCGUUACGCCAGGAACUUCAUCAACCUCACCCUCAGCUCCUUUCAGGGUUUUCUGGUUGCUGUGCUGUACUGUUUUGCUAAUGGAGAGGUCCAAGCUGAACUGAAGAAGCGCUGGCAGCUUUUCCUUUUCACCAACCACUUCCAGGUCAGGAGCUGUUUCCAGAGUGUGCCACUUAAGCACCUUUGGAAAUGCACUCGAGGGCGCCGCCCACAAGGCUCGCGACAGAGCGACUCCUACGACGACGGCGGCACCUCCACAACCCAUCCACACAUGCUCCAGGUGGCUGUGAAAGGAAGAGGUGGGAGGCAUGGACCUGGAGAGGUUCACGGUCUGGGGCUGAUGGGCUGUGACGCAACAGGACUGGACUUUCUGACCCUCACCAGGAAAAGCCUGUCCAGUAGUGAAGGAGAGAUGACGCAUGGGGAGACCAUGGAGGAGAUUCUGGAGGAAAGUGAGUUCUGAUCCCCUUUAGUGUGUUGGUUGCUACCUGACAUGGACAGGUUACGGAUAAACACCUGAUAAACAGUGAGAAAAAAGUAUUUUUUUCAAAUCUUCCAAAAAUAGACUACUCACAGAGUAACGGUGGCAACUACCCCAAAGCCUGAGGUUUAUUUUAUGUGUUAGUUUGUUUGUUGUAAUUUGAUUUAUUGCAACUUAGUUGUGGAAGUCAAUAUAAGUGCUUGUAUCUAUACGCCUAACAUAAACCAAGUAGGGUCUUUUAGGCAUGUCCUUUAGAUUCAAUCUGUGUUCAAAUGUAGACCUUCAAUAAUUCUUUACAUUAUUACAUGUAUAUAUUCCAAAUAAAAUGGCCCCUUAUAAUCGACACAAAUAGUCGUGUUGGUUUCACCAGAAAGUCCUUGUUAAAUAGGUGGUGAUUUAGUACAUGGUUACUACUAAUGCAAUCCUUUGACAUGUUGUUAUUGGAUUGAACCAUUGUAUUUCUCAUUUCAUCUGAGGAUCAUCUCCUGGCUUACUCAUUAGCUUAGUCGCUAAUGGGACAUAUCACAUUAGCAUUGUAGUUAUUUGAGAAAUGCAUUGUACCAUCCGAGGCACAAAUGUUUGUUUCAAAGUGUAUCAAUUUUAUGCAAAACAUUAUAUCUCCUCAGCAAAUUCACUGAUUCAUUUGACUGUUCAUUUGACUGUUUUAUCAUAAGCUGCCAUUAGUAAUAAAUGAGUUGGCCUCUGUGAAAAUACUGAAGUUGCCAUGAGCAGUUUACUUUGCACGCUAUACUUAAAGGCCCUAUAAAGUGAUAUUAAGACUUUCUUUAUAUAUUUCCUGUUUUGAACAUGACUUGAGAUACAAUUUUGGGCAUAAGUGUUUGAUUUAGGACGGGCAGGAAGAUUCGAAAAAUUGUGAUUGUUGAAGAAUUUGUGAUUACUUUAUAAAUGGGAUUGUUAGUUAGGUACACCCACUAGCAGCAUGUCAAUGUGAAUGCCGUAUUUGUACAUACAGUAAACCUCAUAGUAUACAAAUACAAAAGCAGUGUUAAGCCAUUUUUAAACAGAUUUGUGUUGUAAUUAUCAUGUUAUCUCUUACUAUGUCAGGUCAUUUAUAAAUAUCCAUAUGACACAACGUCUGGAUUGAAAUUUGCAUAUAAAUACAAUGUAUUUGUUGUCUGAAUGUGAAUAAUGCAGAUAAUGC